GGCCAAACUCAAAAAGUGUCCUUUUCAAAGCCCUAAAAGCCACUUGGCCGCCCCCUGCCUUCAAGAGCCCAAUUCCAAAUCAAACUCAAACACUAAUAAAAACGGCAACAGAAACACAAUAAAUAAACACAAUUUUCAAUCACCCUUCCACUCUGAAUCGUUCUUUUUGUGCCAUGGCUCUUGUCUGUAAGCUUCAAUCUCUGUCUUCCUCUUUAUCUUCGACCCAUUUCAGAAAACCCAACUCCAUAAACCCACAACCCAUUUGUUCUUUACACUUCAACUCCUCUUCUAAUUCUUCACCUUUUACAGAGAAGACUUCUAUUGAGAGGUACCAGAGAGACCAAUGGCUGUACAAGAACCAAUUGGAUCAAGCCACUCUAUGCUCUGUCCCGCCAGAUUUUGAUUCUAUAAGGCAAAAUGACAUUGCUUUGCAGCUACCGGAGCUGAGAAAGCUGCUUCAGGUGCUGAGAGAGAAGAGAGAAAGCGAAGGAGGGUGUGGCAGCGGCAAGUGUGGGCCUGGAAAUGUGUUCUUGGUCGGGACAGGGCCUGGGGACCCUGAGCUCCUGACAUUGAAGGCUUAUAGAGUUAUUCAGAAUGCUGAUCUAUUGCUGUAUGAUAGGUUGGUGUCCAAUGAUGUGUUGGAAUUGGUUGGCACUGGUGCUAGACUUCUCUAUGUGGGCAAGACUGCUGGGUACCAUAGCAGAACCCAGGAGGAGAUACAUGAAUUGCUACUGAGUUUUGCUGAAGCUGGAGCUAAUGUUGUGAGACUAAAAGGAGGGGAUCCACUGGUGUUUGGUAGGGGUGGGGAGGAGAUGGAUUUUCUGCGACAGCAAGGAAUUGAAGUCAAUGUUAUUCCAGGUAUUACUGCUGCUUCAGGGAUAGCAGCAAAGUUAGGGAUUCCAUUAACUCAUCGUGGUGUCGCAAAUAGUGUCAGAUUUCUUACCGGGCACUCCAGGAAGGGAGGAACAGACCCUUUAUUUGUUGUAGAGAAUGCAGCUGACCCUGAUUCGACCUUGGUGGUUUAUAUGGGUUUGUCGACCCUCCCCUCUCUUGCUCAAAAGUUGGUGCAUCAUGGUUUGCCACCAAAUACACCAGCUGUUGCAGUUGAGCGAGGGACCACACCUCAACAGCGCACGGUUUUUGCAGAACUGAAGGAUCUUGCUGAUGAAAUUAUAUCAGCAGAAUUAGUAUCACCAACGUUGAUCAUCAUUGGAAAAGUAGUUGCACUUUCACCAUCGUGGCCAUAUUCUUCAAAGGAAGUGUCCUGUCUUGUAGAAGCGAUAUAGAAGCAUUUAAGACAUGCAGACAAGUAUUUUGCCCAUCCAAUUUGGCUUCAGAUCUCCAGCACACUGCUCAUGAAUCUUGUUGUCAGACCUUUCAGCUCAUGAUCCAAUCGAUUUCAAUGGUGGGGGAUGAUCUUGGUUAAGAGGUAAAUUAGCUGCUGCUAGGGAUAGAGGCACAUCUUCUUUUGAGAUUUAUCAGAAUUGAUCAAUUUUAGAAUGAGCUAAUUGUUUAUGAGCAGAGCUGGAUUGUGCUAUAGUGUGUAGGCCGAUGCUUCAUUCUACCAUUCAAAUAUCUUAUGGGGAAUGGAUUUCAUGCACUGGAGUGAGUGAUAGAGCUGCGUUAAUGCACAUUUAUUAUGAGGUUGCAAUGCAACAAAUCGGAAUACGGUUAGGGCAUCAGAGGGCCAUCAGAUGGAAAAUUUUGUAACAUGAGCUUUGAUUAAUUAAUUCACAUGGUUGAAAGUUUUUGGCACU